GACAGCGUCUCGAGUUUGGAAACGAAAGGCAUUCCUGUUGACAGGGAGAAUCCUUGGUCUCAACCUGCAUCAAGGAGACAACAGACUGAGGGAACCCUUGGAUGCCACAACAAAACAAAAACAAGAAAAGCAAAACAGACCAAUAAAACACAGGGGAGUACUUGACCAACUUGGAAGGUAAACAAAAGCAGAGAAGCCAUGCUGGAGGACAAAAAGACCAAGGUGAAGAUCACAUUCCUCAUCAUCCUCGUGGGGAUCUCCUCCAUGUUCGUCGCCAUAGUGACGGACCACUGGGCGGUCCUGAGCUCCCGGCUGGAGCGGCUGAAUUCCACCUGCGACACGGCCCACCUGGGGCUGUGGCGGCUCUGCAAGAAGUCCAUCUUCAUUGCCGAGGAGGACCACCAGGGCACCGCUUGUGGGCCCCUGAGCCUGCCUGGAGCAGAGAACUGCUCCUACUUCAGGCACUUCACAUCAAAGGAGGAGGCGGAAGUGUUUGAGUUAAACACACAGAAAGAGUACAAUCUCUCUGCUGCGGCAAUCGCCAUCUUCAGUCUGGCCUUCAUCCUCCUGGGGACAAUGUGCCUCCUGGGUGCCUUUGGGAAGGGCAGAGAUUACCUGUUGAGGCCAUCUGGCAUGUUCUAUGCCUUUGCAGGUCUCUGCAUAGUCAUCUCCGUGGAGGUGAUGCGUCAGUCGGUCAAGAGGAUGAUCAACAGCGAACUGACCAUCUGGAUGGAGUAUUACUACUCGUGGUCCUUUGCGUGCGCAUGCUCAGCCUUCAUCCUCCUCUUCCUCAGCGGAAUCAGCUUACUGCUGGUGUCCAUGCCACAUAUGCCCCGUAACCCCUGGGAGACAUGCAUGGAUGCCGAGCCUGACACCAUAGACUAGUCUCACUGAGGCCAAGUCAGGAAACUUCACUUCCUUCUCUUGAAGGAGGCCCCGUGCAAUUGCUGUCUUUAUGCUAAAUCUGCUUCUCUCUGGUGCCAAUAAAGUCCACCUCACUCACCUGAAAAUACAUUGGAAAUAACUAGCUAUAACUUGCUAGUAUUGUCUCACUCCUCUCAGAACUUGAAAGGUGUAAUUAGUUUAGAAAUGCUCAUUUGUAUCUUUUUUUUCAGUUCAGAUCAUGGAGCUUGAUAGGUCAGCCUGAGUGUGUAUGAAAUGGGGGAGAUCAGCAUUCAUUUUAUCAUCUAAUAAUAGUAGUAAUAAUAAUAGACAAUACAUCUAUUUAUAAAAAUGUAAUUAAAAGUUCAGUGCAUUUCUUGCAGUGACUUAUUAUUGUUGUCUGUACUGAGCUGUUAACAAUAAACUGAAUAAUAGUUUACAAUGUUCAUUCCAUUUGAGAGGAACACUGCACAGAUUUGACUAUUUGUUAAAUCAUUCCCAUGUUAAACACCACUUAAGUUUAUGUGAUGUCAUUAAGGGUAUGUGAGUCAUUAGAGCAUGUGUAUACAAAUGUAUCAGAAAUCCUUUGCAUUUAGAUUCUUUUCAAUAGAGGUAUAAUGUAGAAGGCAUCCACUAGCUAAAUUCAUGUCUGUCACAUAUUAAUUCAAGAAAAAAGAAAAUCACAACACUAGCACUAAUAGUCAGUAAGUGCAGUAAUUUUUAUUAAAGAUAAGCCAUAGUAAACCAAGUGAAAUAUAGAAUAUGUCAAGUGUGUCUCAUGCACCUUCCCUCUUUAAGAACACAAAUGUUGAGAAGCAAGUCUGUCAGACUCACAAUGGCAGAAGACAACAACACCAUUCAGUCAUUCAGUGAUGGAGAGAGAACACCGUUAUCAUCUCAAUUUUUUUUUUAUCUCGCACAGGUUACAAACCCUCUCUUAAACUGAGACAAACAAAUGGUUCUUGACAAAGCUUUUACUGUCAGUCAACAGCAGUGGAAGGACCCCCCCCCCCCCCCAUCAGUGGAAGUUAAGAUGCUGGGCCUUACAAGAUUGAUUCCCCUGCAGAAGGCACAGAAAUGCCUAUAUAGCUCACAAGACAGACAGCUACUUUACUCGUGUUUUACAGAAAAUAUGAAAUAAAGUAUUGUUGCACUAAAAUAUGCCCUUCGAGAAUCUUGUGUGUUUUCAGUGUUCAGUGUGGGAAUGAAGACAGCAAGACUCACUAAGGGGUAAUAGCUGUAACAAUCUGCUGACCCUGUGGGAUGUGGCUGAUACAGUUACAGAAUUGAGUGAAGAGGAAACAUGCUCAGACCUGCUGAUGUCCAUGCAGUGGCUCCAUAAGGCUUUUCACAUUAUGCUGAGCGACACCCAAAGGCAUGGCACAGGUGUCGGAUAUGGGGAGGAGAAUAACACUGAAUAAGGCGCACAAGCAUAACUUACAAUGCUGACAAUGUGAAAAUCAGUGUCCUUUAAAACACUAUAAAUCAUUAGAAGCUGCUAAAUUAUUGCCUGACUUGGCUAAUAAGGAACUUAGCAACACUAUCAUAAUUUGACAGUAGCAUCCCUCAACAUACUACUAUUUUUGAUGUCUAAGUGCUGAAAUCUGUUUCAGGCCAACUAAAUCAGAAAAACAAAAACGUAGAAUGAAGCCUUGGUCAUACUGUAUAACGUCAAAAGCAUCAGAUUACAGAUUUAAAUAAAAAUUAUUCAAAUGAAUAGAGAAAUAACAUCAAGUGGAAAUGCCCACUCUGCGUAAGAGCUUAUGAACA